UGGAUGCUCCUCCCACCACCACAUUGUGUUAGUAUUUUUUCUUUAUAUUAUAUUACAGUUUAUAUGUUUAAGUUAGUUAUUUCAUUUAGAUAUAUAUUUUCUAAUGGGUGCACACUUAUUUAAUGUCUGUCUGAAUGGUUUAUUUACACUUGUUUUUUGUUUGAGGUGCUGCUGAGACAAACCGGCUGGAGGAGGAAACCUGGAGCAUACCAUUUGUUUUUGAAAGACUGAAGGGGGAAGACUUGUUUCAAGUUAUUUUUAUUUAGUUAAUUUUGUCACUUAAAUAUUCACUUAUUGUUUCUGCUAAGUAAGAGUUAGUUUUGCUUUAUUUAUUUCAUAGAAUGCUUUAGUUAAUUUUGUAUUUAUUUGUUCUUUUGUUAUGUCGUGCCUCCCUCAUGUGGUAGAUUUAGGUUACUCCACCCCUAUUUAAGCCUUUUGUUCUUUGUUGGCAGGUCAGUUUUGUUUGUGUUUAGUUAGAAUUCAGUUGACCUCAGUUAAAUUGGGCCCAAAAUUGUUAUUUAUUCUUUGACUUAUUUUUGCAUUAAAUCUUUAUGUUUUGUUUGCUAAUUUGGAAUAAUUAAAUUGAAUUUUUGCUACUUUUAACUUUUUUUUGUCCUCGUUUGAGUCUGGUCCCUCACAGUUGGUGUCAGGAGUGUCUCUUUUUCCAAAAUGCCUGGAAGGGGAAGAGGACAAACAAGAGGAGAACCCGGUUCUGAGCUGGAUGAAAGAGUGGCUGUUGAGGAAGGUGGAGCUGUUGGUGGAGUGUUUGACAUGGAAGAGGAGAGGAGUGAACCAACACUAGCAGACUUGGCCAACCAUCUCAGAGCCCACAUGGAACAUCAGAAGGCCAAAGAGGAUCACUGGACCAGAGAAACUGCUAAGCAACAACAGAAAUUUGAGGAACUACAACAACAGUUCAGAUUGUUUAAAAGGGAGAGCCAACCUGAGAUCACUCCCACUGCUCCACAGACAUCACCAGUGCGGCCUACACAACCACCAGAUCCUGGAGUGGCAGCUCCACCUCAACAUAGUCAAUCAGGUGACCUAUAUUCACAGGCGUAUGUUUCUCAUGCACCUAAAUUACAAAAAUUGAGUGAAGAAGAUGACAUUGAACAUUUUCUCAUUACUUUUGAGAGAAUAGCUUCUGCCUUCAGGUGGCCAAAAACUGACUGGGCUUUCCAUUUAAUACCUCUGCUAACAGGCAAAGCUAGAAGUGCCUUUGUGCACAUGGAUGUUGAUUUGUCUAUGAACUAUGAUCACGUUAAAUUAGCUGUUUUGCAGAAGUAUGACAUUAACAGUGAAACCUACAGGCAAAGAUUUCGCUUGCUUCAGGUGGAGCCAGAAGAAACUCCAAAGGAGCUCUACAUAAGGCUGAAGGAGUUGUAUAUCAAAUGGGUGCAACCUAACUGUAAGACAGUUGAACAAAUCAAUGAAAUAAUGAUUCUUGAACAAUAUUUAAGAAUGUUGUCAACAGAACUUCAGGUUUGGAUAAAAGAACAUAAUCCAAAGACUGCAAAGGAGGCUGCUGAACUGGCUGAUGUGUUUGUGGCUGCGAGGAGGAGGAACUCUUGGGCUUUUCAAAGCUGGAAAAAAGAUGGCUGCCAUCAAUCUCCAGCCCAACCAGUUUCAGCUGUGGGUAAGCUACCUGAAAAAGAGAGAUUUGGCUCAAAAGGUCAAUGGAAAAAACCCACUUGUUACUUAUGUGGACAGGCGGGUCAUACUAAACCAAUGUGUCCUCAAAAUGCUGUCAAGUUGUCCCAGAUGUGUUUUGUGCCCAGGAAAGAGGCUCAAAAUGUUGGAGCAAUGAAUCAAUUAAUGGAGACCUUUGUGGAGCUCAACGGUCAGGCACUGAGGGCCCUGAUUGAUACAGGGAGUACACGGACUUUGGUCCAGCGCAGGUACAUCUCACUCCAGCUUGUUUGCACCAGUGAGACCGUUCCAAUCUUCUGCGUCCAUGGUGACAGAAAACAAUAUCCAACAGCAGAUGUUUAUGUGACUAUAAAAAGACAAACUUACCUGCUUAAUGUUGGGGUAGUAGAUAACUUGCCAUUUCCAGUAAUUCUUGGCAAUGACCUGCCAGUGCUGAUUGACCUGUUGAAUUCUCCUCAGUGUAAUGUUGCUCUAACUCGAGCCCAAGCAAAGCAAUCUGAGGAAAUUGUUUUUGACCUCAGUACCUUACCAUUUCACAAUGUGGAGUUUUUCACAGAGAACACUAAAGACAGGAAAUCCAAAAGACUACGGAGAAGGGAAAAGUUUCAAGGGACGGUGGUUGUUCCUUCUGAUGCACCAGAGCCUGAGGUACAGCAAGACUUCAAAAUCCCUGGUAAUAUAUUGGAGCUGCAGCACAAGGAUUCAAGUCUUGUGAGAUGCUUUAAAGAAGCCAAAGUCAAUAAAAAUUAUUUUGUCAUUCAAAAUGACAUUCUUUACAGACAAAAUGGGCCAAUUAAACAGCUUGUGGUUCCCAAAGCAGUUAGAGAAACUGUUUUGAAGUUGGGCCAUUCAAUUCCCUGGGCUGGCCACCUGGGGAAGCAUAAGACCGUACCCCGUAUAAAACGCUGUUUUUUUUUGGCCUGGCUUGCGUAAAGAUGUUGUGCAGUUUUGCAGGAGCUGUCCUGAAUGCCAAAUGACAUCGGCUAGACUCCCUGGCAAAGCUCCUCUCCAACCGCUUCCAGUUCUGAGUACACCAUUUCAGCGCUUGGGUAUGGACAUAGUGGGCCCGGUUGAAAGGAGUAAAGCAGGUAACCGGUUUAUGCUGGUCAUUGUGGAUUACACAACUAAAUAUCCAGAGGUUUUUCCCUUGAAAGUUGUCAAAGCAAAGAAUGUUGCAUUCUGUUUGGUGCAAUUUUUUUCCCCGAGUUGGCUUUCCUCAGGAAAUACUGACUGACCAGGGCACCAAUUUCAUGUCUAAGCUGCUUAAAGAUGUGUAUCAGUUGCUGGGAAUUAAAGGACUGAGAACAACACCUUAUCAUCCACAAACAGAUGGCCUCACUGAACGGUUUAAUCAAACACUUAAACAAAUGCUACGGAAAUUUGUGAGUGAAACGGGCUCUGACUGGGACCAAUGGCUCCCAUACAUUCUGUUUGCAUACAGAGAAGUUCCCCAGGCCUCCACUGGGUUUUCUCCCUUUGAGUUAUUAUUUGGCCAUGAAGUGAGGGGACCCCUGACUGUUCUAAAGGAACUAUGGGAGGGGGGGCAAACUAACAAGGAACCUUUAAAUGUUGUAUCUUAUGUGCUCCAGAUGAGGGAGAAGCUGGAGAGGAUGACAAUCCUGGCCCAGGAGCACAUGAAGACUUCUCAACGCAAACAGAAGACCUGGUAUGACUCUGCAGCCCGGGAGAGAGGGUUCGAGCCAGGCCAGAAAGUGCUUGUUAUGCUGCCUUCAGAGGACAGUAAAAGUCGCUCUACUCGCAUUCUCCAUGUAAACCUGCUGAAACAGUGGGUGUCCCGGGGCCAAGAAAAACCUGCCUCCUUUUACAUCGGAAGUGCAGAUGAUGAAGAACCGGAGGAGCAAUAUUUUCCUGUUCAAUCAGCCUCCAAGCCCAGUUUGGAUCAUCUAUCAGAAGAUAAACAGUCAGAGGUGAGGGCUGUCUGGCCAUUGAGUGUGUUCCAGGAGAAUCCAGGUUACACUGAUGUGAUAACACAUGACAUUACAUUAAAAGAGGAUGCUGCUCCAAAACGACUGAGCUAUCGCAUACCUGAGAGACUUCUCGAACCAC